AGCAUCGCUUAACCAUUAGCCAAUUAGGAAUCCACAAGCAAGCAGCAGUAGUCUAGUGAUCGCAGCCUAAUUAACUAUGUCGACGACGUCGGGGCCUUAUGCAAAAUACUAUUGCCCGCCGACGGAAGGAUGCCCGCCGCAUGAGGAUCCGGCAUGGGUGCAUAUCUUCAUGUGGAGUUGCUUUAUCAUCUUCAUCCUAACGCUCAAUUUCGUCAUCUUCUGGAUGGCCUGCACCAGGCAAAGCCAGCAGCCCCUGGGAGACCUCGAGCAGGGUCAUCGUCGUCCACAACGCCCUCCUGAUCAUCAGCAAGAGAAUAGUGGUCACAAUUAUGCUGAUUACAAGGUCAACGUCGGCGUGGACUUCGUUCGUUGGAAAGCUGCGGGGUUAGGGUUGAGGGACGAGGUUCUCACGAAAAGUAGUGGCCGUGGCAGCAGCCUCGCCCAAGAAGAAGAAGAGUGUGUGAUUUGUUUGGGGGAGUUCGAAGAUGGGAUGGAGCGCAGCGUUCUUACUGUGUGCAGCCAUUCUUUUCAUAAAGUGUGUUUGGAGAGUUGGCUCGUUAUAGGCGAUCGUAGGAUCAGCCCUACUUGUCCCCUUUGUCGCGCCUCCAUCGGACCGCCAUAUGCUAGGGUUCGUACAUGAAUGUUUUCUUGGCGCGGUUGUAAGAAUGCGGUGUAAUUUCGUAAUACUGUAUAUGCUUUGCAAAGAUUUUUUUUUUUUUCCUUUCUAUAGAAGGUAUAUGAGUUAUGUUGAAAUUGAAAUUGUGUACAUACUAUUAAAGGAAAAAUAAUUACUUUAAAUGUGU